GAUAUUGAAGACGAUGAUUAUUAUUUGGUUGGUCUAUCGUUCCCAAGGAAUAUUGAAGUAAUUAAUUUACGUGUUUUCGCGAAAAAAAUUUAUCUUUGUGGAUUUGUGUUGUUUUAUCUUUACGGCAGUUUCUUAUCAAAUAAUUUUUUCUGCUGGCUAACGUUAUCAAAGUAAACAACGUUCUUGUACAUUCUCUUGGGAAUCAUCGACCAUUCCAUAUAAAACAAAGGAACUGCAUUAUUGUUUAAAUUAUUGGCUUAAAAGGUUUACAUAAACUAGAAUUUUCUGCAGAACGGAAGAAAAUUGUUUUCGCGGUUCGUGUGCAACGUAUUCGACCAAAGCAUUCGUCAUCCUAAUUAAGCUAGUGUGAGACAGAACGCACUAGGGUACAACAAUUUGGGAGCUAUCUACCAUAAGGCAAGAUGAGUUAUUCGUCCUUUGAGAAUAGCGGUACUGCGACCACCACAAUCACCAAUGAAGCAGAUUUCCAGAAGCUGGCACAGACCAUUGCAACGAGCAUACAAAAGAUUCUUCAGAAUGUGUCGUCCAUGCAGCGUAUGGUAAAUCAGUUUGGAACAGCACAGGAUUCACCGGAAUUAAAACAACAGCUCCACCAAAUUCGAACUUACACCCAGCGAUUAAUUACCGAUACAACCAAUUUGCUGAACGACCUGGUCAACUGCAAGGAACGUCAUUUGAAAAUCCAACGUGAUCGAUUGGUGGACGAAUUUGGUGCUGCAUUAACCGCUUUUCAGUCGGUUCAGCGCAAAACUGUAGAUUUAGAAAAGAAUGCAGUUCGACAGGCGCGAGGUGCCCACGUGGUUCUCAACAAACCUCCUGGAAGUAAUAACUCGGGAAUGGGAAGCUACAACAACUCAUCGAUGUUCGAGGAUAAUUUUGUAAGCGGCAGCCGGGGACAAACACAGGAACAGUUGCAAGAGGAAAUCGACUUGCAGGCACUAGAGAGCCAGGAGCAAACCAUUCGAGAGUUGGAGGAAAACAUUGUAAGCGUAAAUGAAAUCUAUAAAAAAUUGGGUGCCCUUGUAUACGAACAAAGUCAUCAGGUGGAUUCGAUUGAGGCUUCGGUUGAAAAUACAAGCGUUUUCGUGUCCGAAGGAGUGCAAAAGUUGAAACAAGCAAGCCAGUACCAGAACAAAGCCCGCAAGAAGAAGCUUAUUUUGGCCCUGAUAGCAGCAGGUAUUCUGACGGUCAUCAUUUUGCUUAUCAUAAUUCGAAAUUAGAGAGUUCGGGUAAACUUUCUACAGAACAGAACACGACAAAAAGAAAAUUGGAAAGUGCAUGUUUCGAAAACUCUGUUUCAAUUAGUAAUAUGAAAGGAUCUGUCUAGAUUAUGUUUCCUACAUUCGCUAUAUUGUCGAAGUUGUAAGUAUGCCUAUGGUACAGGUUUUCCUAUCCCCAAACUUUUGACCGGCAGUGCCGUCCCUAACGAACGUGAUAAAUCUAUGUAUGUUUACUUAUUUUCUUACGUUUGAAUUUCACAGAAGCUGCUGCUUCCCAAUAUUGUCGUGUAGAAGUUGAAUAAAAUGAUUGUAACAUUUGAUAGAGUUCUCCAAAGCAAAUUUUUAUUUCAGAGCAGAAAAUGCGAGAUAUAUACUAUUUAUUUGAUAUUACCUUAUUCUAUAGUGACGAUUCACGUUUAAUUCUAUACUUACUAAUGUCCUUCUUCGAACACUGUAUUUUGAGGUAUGUAUAUCGUAUUGUUCGAUUAGGUAUAUUAGAUAUAGUGCACGCAUGCGAUGAGAAAAUACCAAGAAAACGUUAAAAUAAAAAGGAUAUAAACAUAAAUAUAUAAAUAAAAAUGUCAACAGAAAGCACCGCAACAAA